AUUCAUUUUGUAUAGCCUGUAUCAGUAACCUCUUCCCACUCGGACCCACAACUCGUUAAAAAUGCCGAUCUUAAAAAUAUUCACUAAUUUGCCUAAGAGCAAAAUUCCACCGGAUUUUGUCAACAAAAUUCUUCCUGUCCUGUCUCGUACUGUGAAGAAACCUGAACAUCUCUUCAUCUGCAUGGUGUCAAGUGAUUGUUAUUUGACAUUCGGAGGCAAUUCCACGGCCCCCAACGCAGUGGCGACCCUGGAGUCCAUCGGCAACUUCGGUGUGGAAGAAAAUAAACUCAUCGCUAAGGAGGUCACUGAAUUCAUUGAGAAGGAACUUGGAAUCGCCAAGGAUCAUUUCCUGAUGUCAUUCUACGACAAGAGAGGUCGAGACAUCGCGAAGGGCGGAGUGACUCGCUUCCCUGCAACAUAAACUACACUCUUAAUUAAUCAUCUUCAUAAUAUGUUAAGUAAUCCAAUAAAAUAUUAUUACGACUGCAAUUAUAAUAUUACUAUGUAAAUAACGUACGACACUUAAACAACAAGUUAGGCUUAUAAUGUUUUCGAAUACAAAAUUACAAUCAUGUAAAUAUGUAAUUAUGUUUCACAAAUAAAUAUUAUUGCUAUUUAAAAAUA